CUGCAGGCUUCCAUGAAGGCUGUGAAAAAAAGUCUCAAUACAGAGUUGGAUUACAGCUCUCUCUAGCUCAAAACAUUGACUGUUCUACUGCCGUCUUAAAGGGAGGCUCUAACAUGGAGCACCAACCCCCCCCAGCAGAUUUUAACCUUUCCUGGACCACAAAUGAAUAUUGAGUUUCUCUUUGUGUCCAGGUGGGAGGUGGAUUGAGUCUUUUACAAAUUGGAACCUGUAUUUGCCUGAUUCUGGAAACAUUUUAAAACUAUUUUAUAUUUUUAUAUCUAAAAAGUAUUGGCAAGAAAAACAUGAUUGUUUAAGUGAAUCCUACUUUUUUUUCUCAACUCUGCUGUUUAUUUCUCAUGUAUACUUUUUAAGUUUACAUGGGGGUGAAAUUCUGGUUAUGCAUUUUUAAAAAAAUAAACAGUUCAUAGGGAAAUGUAUUUUGAAACUAUUUCUUCUCCAGCUGUAUGAUAUCAACGUACAACGUAGCAAAGUGUGGAUAUUAAGCACGAGGAUGUACAAGCCGUGGACAAUUGUAAACAUAUUCAUGGUGUCUUUUCUACAUCUGCUGCAAGGUUCUGAACAUGGAUCUGUAAAGAGAAUGUCACUUUCUGCUCUAGAGUGGUCAGAGCAGCAGAUCAGGAAAGCUGCCAGCCUGGAAGAGCUACUUAGAAUUACCCACUCUGAGGACUGGAAGCUGUGGAAGUGCCGACUAAAACUCAAGGGUGUGGCUGCCUUGGAUUCCAGAUCUGCCUCGCAUCGCUCCACAAGAUUUGCCGCUGCUUUCUAUGAUAUUGAGAUGCUCAAAAUUAUAGAUGAGGAGUGGCAAAGAACUCAGUGUGUGCCAAGGGAGACCUGCGUAGAAGUUGCCAAAGAGCUGGGCACAACCACCAACACAUUCUUUAAGCCUCCUUGUGUGAACGUGUACAGAUGUGGAGGCUGCUGCAAUGAAGAGAGCCUGGGAUGCAUGAACACAAGCACAUCUUACAUUUCUAAAAUGCUCUUUGAGAUUUCCAUUCCUUUAACAAAUGUGCCAGAUCCAAUUCAAGUCAAAAUUGCAAACCACACAGGUUGUAAGUGUUUAACAAAUGUUCAGCGCCAAUCGUAUCCCAUCAUACGAAGAUCUGUUCAGUAUCCAGAGGAGAAUCGUUGUCCCCAUAUAAACAAACUGUGUCACAAUGGCUGGAUAUGGGACAGCAAUAAAUGUGAAUGUGUUGUAGACAAAGAUCAUCCAGGCAGAAAAGGACUCCCUCCGCUUGCUGAACUUGCAAUGUGUGCACCAAAUAUGGACUUUGAUGAAGAAAACUGUGAGUGCAUCUGUAAAUGGAAGUGCACCGGCAAUUUAUUUCAGAACAAAGAGAAUUGUAGCUGUUACUUGUGUACAGAGAACCAGGACAGCUGCCUUCAGAAACAUAAGUCCUUUAAUGCAGAAACAUGCAGUUGUGAAGACAAAUGCCCAUUCCAGGCCAGGAUGUGCCCAACCGUUCGGCCAGUGUGUUCAAGGCACUGUCGCUGUCUGAGAGGAGGAAGAAGUCCUCAUGGGUCCCAAAGCAAAGAAACCCCUUGAUCAAGCUUUUGUCGUCUCCUGUACCACCACCACCACCACACUGCUUUGCCAAGUAGCUGCCUGUCACUGGCUGUUGAAUUAUAAUAAUCAUGGAAAUGGGUGACUUUACUGGUAAUAAAUAAAUAAAAUCUAGUCUGCAUUCAUUAAUAAGACAACGAGUGGAUCUGCAAGGACAUUGCCAUUGUCUGCUACAACAAACGUUAUCCUUGUUCAGUAAACCCAUUGCUGUUUUUUUGGGAAAGGAGGUGGUAUGGCUGAAGCAGUGGGGCCAUCCAUCAUCCAGGAACAUGGAAAUGCAGAAAAUAGAGCUACGCCCUCAACCUGCUAAUAUUAUUCAGCAUGUUUCUUUUUAGAACAACACUGCCAGACCUUCCAGAAUUUGGUUCCCUAAUAUGUUCAGCACUGAAUGAUUUGAUCUACUGUCCAUCUUUUGUUUUCUUCUUUGGGUUUAUUCUGAACUACUGUCUGAUGUGUCAUAUUUAAAAUGUAUAUAGAAAAAUAAAGGCAUCAGUUAUUAAUUAA